UUUCCGCGGGUAAAGAGCGCUGCAUGGAUAAAUGUUGCCCACAUAACAAGGAACUGGCAUUUUCCGUGUGCCUGGAAAACGGUGCAGCUGAAAGCAGGGAGCGAACAGGCACGGCGGCUGUGUGCACAGAGGAAUCUGGACGAAUACCCACAAACAACGUGAGCAGAGAUAGCCUCAUACUGCAAAUAUGGGUCAGGAAGAACCCCCCUCCCUACAUCGCCGGUAACCGGACUAUUGAAAGGAUUGUGCUCCGUAUGGCGAGUUAAAACUCGGCGGUAGUUCUGUCUCUGGACCGUGGGCAGCAGAGCUGUGGAAGCUUUGCACUUGGCUCUGGAGUUGUGGCUGCCGGUGUGGGCGCUUGGUGAGCGAGGACACUCAAUUCUAGAGUGGGAGAACUUUUAAAGAAACGUGCCUAACUGGAUGUUAGGGGGUGGCGGAAAUAUAUCGUGACUGGGUCGCCGGUUACUCCAGCUUAACGGAGGAAGACCCAAAAGUCAGAUGUGAGCUCCACUUUGAUAACCUUUCCUCCUCGACAGCACUGGGAAUCAUCAGGAAAGCAGCUGGAGGGGCUGUGACAAAGAGAAUGGAGGGCAGUCUGGAUCAAAGCAAGGGCUCAAGUCCCAAACCUGGGAAGAGGAAUGGGUUGAUCAACACCAAAGACCUGAAGACAGACAGCAAGGACGGCCUGGUUUCUCUGUACUCGGCUCCUCAGUACCAGGGCUACGUGCUGGGGAGCUUUCCGUCUCUGAACUACAUGGAACAGGGCAGAAAUGGCUCCGAUCAGCAACAGGUCCUGAACCCCCGCACCCUUCAGCACACUGUCGAGACCCAGUACCGACCUAAUAUCUUUAUGCACUCGGAGAGCGUGCUGAGAGCCUGGGGGGAGAUCGGCAGCACAGACUGCUGUGAAACAACUUUUAUUGAAAGCAAAUCGCCCAUAAAGGACGGUCUGGACUAUGGGGAGGACCACCUUAUAGACCUGUCCACAGCUGAUGGCAAACUUCAGACGCUCUCCUAUGACGUGGAAGAUGAAGACGAGUUCCAGGAGCUGGAGAGUGAUUAUUCGAGUGACACAGAGAGUGAAGACAACUUUCUCCUGCUCCCACCCAAGGACCAUUUGGGCCUCAGUGUCUUCUCCAUGCUGUGCUGCUUCUGGCCUUUGGGAAUUGCCGCCUUCUACCUUUCACACGAGACCAACAAGGGGGUGGCAAAGGGCGACUAUCACCACGCGAGCUCCAGUUCCAAGCGUGCCCUCUUCCUGGCUGUCCUCUCCAUCACCAUUGGAACUGGCAUUUACGUGGGCGUGGCCGUGGCACUGAUCGCCUACCUGUCGAAGAACAACCAUUUGUAGGGUGCUGGCCAGCAGAGCUCUCCGCUGCUGGGGGGGGUGGUGGGAAACAACAUCUGAAGUCAGUGGUCCGUGGAAAGGCUGCACUGAGAUUGGCAAGCUGACUGUCUCAGAUGUGGCCAGCGGAACGAUCCGUCCAUCGCAAAAUCCCUCAGUGUGUUCAUUCAGCAAUUAAUCAUAUCGGUACACAGCAGCAGAGGGAGGAGACAGCAGAGCGUUGACCUCACUAAGAAGCAUCAAUCAGCGCAGCUAAGGGGGAGAUGGGCGUGCUUUCUCCAAAGUGUGCCAUGCAGUGACUUAAAUGCCAUGGAGUACGGAACUGCAUUAAGUUAGCAAGGUGCAGCUCUCACAGGGGUUACAGUGGCCCUGGAAUCUGUUCUCCACUCACCCCGACUCAAGCAGAAACAGAAAUCGCCUGGAAUGUUCAGCAAGUCGAGCGGCGACCGUGGGGAGAGAAGCCGAUUCCACCUUUCAAGUCCACAAACUUUUGUUGGAAUGCAGCUGCCUGCAACCUGUUCUCCCUUCUCACAGACGAUGAGUAUUUGCUGCUGGUCUGUUUUUUAUUUCAGAUUUCCAGCGUCUGCAGCCUUUUGUCACUCCAUCUGCUUCUUCGCUCGGCCUUUUCAUUGGCUGAACCGAGACGCUGCCCACUCUAAGGCCUCUUGUUAAUUUCACAGCGAAACUGGUCAGUGGGCAGCCUAGCACUCUGUUCCUUGGAACAGAGUGGACAUAAUCAGAGGCCCCUGCAGUCCUCUACACCACCCAUCUCUGUGGCAAGCAGUAGAACCCACACAUAGGUGGUCUUCAAAUUCCGUUCCUCCCCCUGGACCUGCUGUGGGUCUACCAAAGCCAGCCAGCAACACACAGAGCGUGUUCCCAAUCAAUUAGACUGUCCUCCCUUCCACUGGGAUGGAACAAGGUUUGGCCACUCUACAGGGAUCAGCAAAACCUGCAAUGGACUCUCCGGCCACUGACCUGUUGUCUGAGUACAGCAUAAGGCAUUCAUCUUGACUGAUGACCCCAUGUGAAAUCCUUCCAGACAUGCACAGCCACCACGCCCCAUGAGUGAGAAACCAACUGGAGGUAUCAGCUGCACCUGGACCCACAGAACAAUUCAAAAGGGCCAGAGCACACGGUCCCGAGUGUCCAAACAAAGCAUCUUCUCCCAUCGUAUCUUCAGCUAAGGCACUUGACCUUUGGCUGAAUCCAACCGAUGACUUAGUUUCCUAACAUUCCUCUUCACGGUGGUCCAGGACAAGGGGCAAAUAAUUGCAACAUUACAAGGUGGAGUGAGGUCAAGAAGUGAUUCCUGUUUUGCCCGAGCAUUCCCUCCUGAAAGCCUCCUGUGGCUUCAGGUUAUCUGGAGCCCCAGAUAGAUUCAUGUGGAGUAUUGGCUUCCAGCAGAGUCGGAAAGCAUGAGGCCAGAAGACCAAAUGGCAUAGGCCUUCUGACCCGUUAAAUCUCCUCCUCCAUCCCAUUAUGAAUGUUUUAUUAUCCCUCUCAAUGCCAUUCUUCCUGUAACCUUUGUCAUCCAUACUAACCAAGAACCUUUCAAUCUCCAUUUUAAAUAUACUCAGUGACUUGGUCUCCAUAGCCAUGUGUGGCAAUGAAUUCCACAGAAUCACCACCCUCAUGUUAAAGAAAUUCCUCCUCAACUCUGUUCUAAAGGGACGUCCUUCUAUUCUGAGGCUGCAUCCCUUUGUCCUAGACUCUCCCACUGAAGGAAACAUCCUCUCCACAUCCACUCUAUCCAGGCCUCUCAAUGUUCAGUAGGUUUCAAUCAUUCUUCUAAACUCUAGCAAGUAUAGGCCCAGAACCAUCAAAUGCAACUCAUAGAUUAACCCUUUUGUUCCCAGGAUCAUUCUCAUAAACCUUCUCUGGACCAUCUCCAAUGCCAGCACAACUUUUCUUACAUAAGGGGCCUAAAACUGCUCACUAUAUUCCAAGUGUGGUAACUGCUGCCUCUUCUGGGAUUCCACUCACAUCCCAAAAAUUUGCUGUCCCACCCAUUCCCACUUUGCAGGGAAUGCUGAGCUAGGAAUCAAAAGAAUGUCAAAGAAGACACAGUGGAUGAAUUGUUAUUCCUUCUCUUGCCACAUUGAUUCAAAAGCAUAACAAAAUUUCUUUCAUAUUAGCAAUAUCACUUGUGACUUAUGUUCUCUCAUAGCAGUUAGCUUCCACUGACUUUGGAGUUUCACACUAUUAAUGGUAAUAACAUCACCAGACUGUUUGCAUAGUAAUUCACCACUUCCUAACCAUGCCAGGAAGUUGAGGCUGGGCAUCAUUUGGUAAUCAGUUGUUUUGAAUAAGUAAUGGUCAAAAGGGUCCUUCAUCAGAACUUGGCCCUUGUGCUUUAAGCACCAACAGUUUGCCAAUCAUCUUGUAACUUCUCUUCUCCCUACUUCCCACUCUGUUCCCCAACCAAUUCCCUUCCCUUCAAUUGUUUCCUAACAUGUUUCUUGACAUGGUCCAACCUUAUCUUGUUAAUCUAUCACCAAGCAAUUAUUUCCAGUGAGCAAAACUUUGGUUUAGUCGACCAGAGGUCUUGAUCCACAUGCGGUUUGACACACCCAAUAUAUUGCUGGGGGACUGAUCCACACCUGGAGAAACCAGGUGUGACAUUUCCAUCUGAGACAUUUCCCAUCAGGUAAUAAAUCCCAAUGCAGUAUUCUGAACAAUGCGGAAUUCUCCCUGCGAUCAGUAUUCAUCUUUCAGCUCUCUGUUAAUCAUCUCACUUCUGCUUUUGGAACUUGUAGUGUCCAAAUUAGCUGAUCACAUUACACAUUCUGUUCGUGUCUAUGAUCCAUUAAAAUGACAAGGAAGCUGCAUCUGCUUUUCAUGGGGGUAAGCUGAUACUAACCACACCGGUGGUCGCACCUGCCACAUCUCUCCGAGAGCCUGGGACCAGAAGUGGAAGGCUUUGCUUUACUAUGCCUUACCCCUGCUGUUGGUUUUGCCUCCUGCAUUGAUCUGCAUCAGAGUGCCUGAUAUUCCAGAGUUCUGCUUGCACUUCGCAGAAUUCCUCAGAGUGCCAACAGCAUUCACUAUUUCUCACCACGGGGCAUAGGGAGGGCCAGCUCUUCAGUACUGACCUUAAUGCCACUAUUUCUGGAAUUCAGUGUGAAAAUCUGAUCAAAUCCAGGAUGGACGAUGCUCCUGCGGCACUGAAGUGAUGUGAAACUCGAUUGAGAGACAAGUUUGACAUAUUGGUUCAGCCACUUGCCACGCUUUCUGAAAGCCAAGCAUGCAGACGAUGCAAAAGCAGCAAAAUGCCUCUUUAUUCAAACUUAACGAUUAAUGAAUGCCCUGUUACUAAAACAAUGGUUUAAGUUUAACUUAGAAGUUGUCUGACCUGCUGAGUUCCUUCAGCAAUUUGUGUGUGUUGCUCUGGAUUUCUAGCAUUGGCAGAAUCUCUUGUGUUAAUGGUUUAAGUUCUGUUUGCAUGUAUAACUGGAUGUGUAUUGAUUGAAUUGCACACUGAAUUUUCCCAUUGAUAUACAUAUAAAUGUAAAUAGAAACUGGCAAAGUUACUGUAUAUAUCUUCUAAUUAUUUGUGGAUAGGGUUUGCUUCAUUCCUUAAACGAAACCUUUUUAUAUGCUUUGUUUUCAUGAAGAAGGAAUAGUUACAGCAUACAGAGAGUUAGACUGUAGCUAGAAUCCAUUUGCGAUGGUCAUUUGGCCAUUCUGACAGGUGUCCAUCAAACCCGUGGAUAGGAAGAAUUCUCAAUACUCCACAAGAAUCAUCGCCCAAAGUCAUUCAUUGGGACCAGCAAUCGGUAUAUUGAUUUAAAGAUUUAUGAAUCUAUAAAGAAAGUAUUUAAAAAUAAACGCGCCUCCAUAUAGUUUAUGCGUCUGAGAUUUGUUACUGUAAUUGAUCAUUAAUCUCACUCUGACCUGCUCUGAUCCUGAGAGUUUCUUGAAUGUGUGUUGAUCAUUCAGCUGGGAUUUAUUCUUCUGAAUAAUAGGCUAGUUAUUGGAAAAGCUAAUUGGAUGGAAUAAAUUAAUAAACUUAUUCACACUCUCCACCAUUGCACAAACAUCCCUGGUGCUGCCUUUAUGUGGCGAUUUAGCUGUAAUUUGCGGUACAGUGCGUAGUUCUGAGUGCACAACUCAGGAAUAUAUUGGACCCAUCAUUACAGAUCAGAGUCACAUAAAUUUAUUAGCAAAUGUUAAUUUUUAAGUAGAUAAUGGUACAGGAGCAGUGUGCUAGUCCUAAGGAGCCAUUCUGUAAUAACAACCAUCAAACUUCACAUUACAUCCCUGCCUUAACAAGAGAUUCUUCAGAUGCUAGAUACCAGGAGGUAUCACUUAAGGGUCUUGGCCCAAAACAACAAAUUUUUUUAUUCCUUUCCACAGACACUGCCUGACCUGCUGAGUUCCUGCAGCAUAUUGAAUAUCCUGCCCUAACACUCCUACAGUCAGUUAGAAAUGUACUCAUUAUCCCUGUGACACCACCAACCAGUCCCAUGGCCGGCUGUUAAAUCUCCUUGCCAGAGAGGAGAGUGAUUGUCCGGAGACUCUGUUUAAAGAGGGAUUGAUUUUUCUCAUCAGUCAAAGGUGUAGCAGCACUUUCAGUAAUGUAGGAGGUAAAGAAACUCCUUAUGUGAGACUGAGAAAAUGAAACUGCCUAGCCUGCCUCGUAAAUAACCUCCUGUUCAAGUCAAAGCCAUGGAUGUGAGGUGAUACUGAAAGGAUUGGUGGGUUUAAACACAGACUAGGUUCACUCCAAAGACCAAGAAUGGCUAUCAUCGGAUUACAGAGUGGUUAUAACAGAGAACGAGGCAUUUGGCCCAUCUAGUCUCACCUAGCUCAUAGUAGAGCAAUCUCUUUUGUCCCUGCCAUGUACAACUACAUUA